AUGGUGCUAGCAUCUGCUGCAGCGUCUGCUGUUGCUGUGCAGCAGCUGCUGGAGCCUGAAGCGUUGAGGCUGCUGCAGCUCGAUGCAGCAGUGCUGCUGCGUCCGUCUGCUGUACACGAUGCGCUGCUGCAGCUGCUGCUGUGCUGCCCCGCAAGCAGCCUCUUUGUGUUGCCUGCAGCAGCUAUAGAAGAGCUUCAGGAGUUGCUGCUGGACCAGGGCGCCUCCGUGCUGCAGCUGCUGCGCAUCUCGCGGAUGCUACUCUACAAAUUCUUUGCUGAUCACCCCUUCUCUUACCUUGCCCUGGAUGCACGCGCUGUGGCUGCUGCAGGCAGCGACAGCAAGGACGGGAGCAGCAGCAGCAACAGCAGCAGCAACAACAGCAGCAGCAGCAGCAGCAAAGAUCAUGCCGCCGCUGCUACUGGUGCAGCAAAUGCAGCAGGUGUUGCUGCUGCUGCUGCUGCAUCUAACUCUAAGGCAGACCUUGAGGUGGUCGAGAGAAGGCUGGCACUGUUGGCUGCUGCUGUCCUGACACCGCAGCAGGAGGAGGUGCUGCUGCAGCAGAUGGCGAAGUUUCGGCUGCUGCAUGCGCACAUUGGUGGGAUUCUUCAGGUUUAUCUGCAGCAGCAGACGAGCAGCAGCAGCUAA